GACGACGGAAUGAAUGAGACGAUUGUAAAUUUUGCUUUGUGCGGAGGCGAGUUUAUUUUCAUUUUCAUUUUCCAAAUUUUUACAGUUUCUGUACGUUUAUAAUUGCAAAAAUUUGCAGAAAAAGUUUACAAGCGCGUCUAAAAUUUAAACGCAAAAUUACUUAAUAGCAGUUUAGCAUAAAUAGUGAAGCCAACGGCAUUUGCUAUCACUGGUCGUCUGGCAAAGGCAAAAGCGAUUGAUUAGCAGAAUUGAGAAGGAAGUGCAAGGAGGAAGAGGAAGUAGAGUAAAACGAAAAGUAAAGUCUGUGCUUGGUUGAAAGACGUAAAAUAAAAUAUAUUUGUGUGGUCAAGGGAAGGGAAGAAAGUGCACAAACGAAUAAAUACUUGGGGUGAGAAUACUGCAAAGGCAAUAGAACAACAAGGUCCACAGCAACAGUGCGAGACGAUGCAUUUUAAACGUCUCUAAAAAGGAAACAAAGCAGAAAACAUAUCCAGUCGGCAGAAGGAAGAGGCAAGAAAAGUAUCCAUCAGACGACGGCGAUGACGACUCUGUUGUAGAACGGAAAGCACAAAAAAGUGUGAAAGGUCAGCAGACAGACGAAGAGGAGACGGAAAAUAAAGAAACCGUGCAAAAUAGUAUACUCAGCCAAGCUGUCGAUUUCCUUUAAAUUGCAUGGGCAUAGAUGAAUGUUUGAAAUAUCCUUGAAUGUACUUAUAUACAUACAUUUAUCCGACAAGACAAGACUAAAAAAAUUCAUUCAUUCCACUUAGAAUUGCAGUAUACAUAUUGGCCACAAGUCUGGAUUGGUGAGUUUGAAAAGAGCAAAUAUUUUCUGUAUUACUAGCUCAGGAACUCGCCAGUAAUCUUAUUAUUUGCUACUAGCUGCCAUUGUAAGCAACCGACCGCGCAAGUGCUAACGACCACCGCCAGAUUAUCAUACAUUUCACAGAUAUUUCUUCGUACCGGAAGCAGGUGUAUAUAUUUAGGACAAGCCGGAUCUAUAGCAUUUGUUGACGACUCUACCAGUCGACCAGUGCACGCUUGCUGGGCCACGUGCGAUGUUGCCAUUCACCCCACAAGUAGUUAAACGUUUGUUAGCACUCAAGAAGGGCAACGAAGAUACGGUCGAGGGGAAGUGGUCAGAAAAGGCGGUUAAAAAUCUAGUAAAGAAAGUGAAGAAGAACAUACAACUCGAAGAGUUAGAACGUGCCAUUUCUACACAAAAUUGUAAUACACGCUGUGUCACCGUACCGCGUAGUAAGCCAGGCGCUACUGGCGAAAAUUUGCGCAAAGGACAACCUCAUGUCAUAUAUUGCCGCGUAUGGCGUUGGCCAGAUCUACAAUCUCAGAAUGAAUUGAAAGCUUUGGAUCAUUGCGAAUACGCUUUUCACUUGCGUAAAGACGAGAUUUGUAUCAAUCCAUAUCAUUACAAAAAGAUUGAACUAUCGAUUUUGGUGCCAAAAUCAUUGCCUACACCGCCUGACUCAAUUACCGAUUAUCCAUUGGAUAAUCACACCCACCAAAUACCUAAUAAUACAGAGUACAAUGCCGCUACUAUACGCAGCGCCUCUUUGAGUCCGCCACAGUAUAUGGAGUUGUCAAGUCACCAUCAUCAACAACAACAGCAUUCGCCGGGUAGUUUAGUUGGUUUGGGCAUGAGUGCAGCUCAACAACAACAACAACAAAUCAAUGGCUCACUUGUAGGAUCUGGCGCUUGUAACAUGGACUCGCAAUCAAGUGUGCUAAGUGUUGGCAGUAGCAUUCCCAACACGGGCACGCCUCCACCUGGCUACAUGAGCGAAGAUGGUGAUCCCAUUGACCCGAAUGACAAUAUGAACAUGUCGAGGUUGACGCCACCAGUCGAUGCUAGUCCCGUAAUGUACCAUGAGCCCGCUUUCUGGUGCUCAAUUUCUUAUUAUGAACUUAACACGCGUGUCGGUGAAACCUUCCAUGCCUCGCAACCAUCUAUUACAGUAGAUGGUUUCACCGAUCCCUCAAACUCUGAGCGUUUCUGUCUUGGCCUACUCUCCAAUGUAAAUCGUAAUGAAGUGGUUGAACAGACUCGUCGCCACAUUGGCAAAGGAGUACGUCUUUAUUAUAUUGGGGGUGAGGUGUUCGCAGAAUGCCUCAGUGAUUCGUCAAUAUUUGUGCAAAGUCCUAAUUGUAAUCAACGCUAUGGAUGGCAUCCAGCUACUGUCUGUAAAAUACCACCAGGAUGUAAUUUGAAAAUCUUUAAUAAUCAAGAAUUCGCAGCAUUGCUAUCGCAAUCAGUAUCACAGGGUUUUGAGGCCGUAUAUCAAUUAACGCGUAUGUGUACCAUACGCAUGUCAUUUGUGAAGGGUUGGGGUGCAGAAUAUAGACGUCAGACGGUUACUUCAACUCCGUGUUGGAUUGAGUUGCAUUUGAAUGGGCCGCUACAAUGGUUGGAUCGUGUUCUCACGCAGAUGGGUUCGCCGCGCUUGCCAUGCAGCUCCAUGUCUUAAACACACAGAAACGCAUAAAAGGAAAAAAUGUGAAGCGAGAAAGAUGAAAAAAGGAGUUAGGAGUGCAUUAAUGCAUUAAAAUCAAUGCCAACCGAGGAGUAACCUAUGUUUGCACAUAUAUAUGUAUGUAUGUAUUGAAUAAGUAUACGUAAAAAUUAGUGAUUCAAAUAAUUGGAAACUUUUUUUCUAAAAUGUUUCAAAUGCCCUUAAUCGUGGCUGUUUUGUGUGAGAUUCCCUAGAAAUUAAAUUCGAACGGUGUUCACAUGAGGCGAUUUUCCAGGCAAUUUAAGAGGCGAUUAGUUGAACCAAAAGUUGGCUGCACCCCAAGCUUGGUCCCCAACUUCAUUGGAAGCGGUUAGUUCAUACCAGGCGAUUGUUGAUUUCAACUAAAAGUUGCCUGUAAAAUCGCCUCAUGCAAACACCAUAUUAAAGAUAGAAGCGAUGUUAAAAUAAAUUUUUGCAAUUUAUUGCCAAUGACAGAUA